AUGCGAUGGGAGCAGACGCAGCAGGGUGGGCACCUGCUCCCACCCUGUGUGGGGCAACGGCCGCCCGUGUCCUCGCAGCCCCUGCCCGUGGUGUCUCCUCCUCCAGACAGCAAUUUCCUGCUGGCCAACGCGCAGCGCCUCCCCAUCGUCUCCUGCUCCGAUGGCUUCUGCGAGCUCACGGGCUUCGCGCGCACUGAGGUCAUGCAGAAGAACUGCAGCUGCCGCUUCCUCUGCGGCGCCGAGACCAGCGAGCCCGUCCUGCAGCGCAUCGAGAAGGUGCUGGAGGGCAAGCAGGAGUUCCAGGCCGAGGUCUGCUUCUACAAGAAGGGGGGUGCGGCCUUCUGGUGCCUGCUGGAUGUGGUGCCCAUCAAGAACGAGAAGGGCGAGGUGGUGCUUUUCCUCUUCUCCUUCAAGGACAUCACGGAGAGCCGGAGCAAGAGCCACCCUGGUGACAGGAGGGAGGCCUCCACGCAGCCCGUGUUUGCCCCUGGAAAACACGAGUCCAGAGGGAGCCCUGGGCUGAACGUCUUCGAGAACAAGCCGUCCAUCCCCGAGUACAAAGUGGCCUCGAUGCAGAAGUCCCGCUUCAUCCUGCUCCACUACAGCGUCUUCAAGGCGCUCUGGGACUGGCUGAUCCUGCUGGCCACCUUCUACGUGGCCGUCACCGUGCCCUACAACGUCUGCUUCACGGGCACGGAGGAGAGCGCCUCGGCCGCGCGCAGCACCAUCGUCAGCGACAUCGCGGUCGAGAUGCUCUUCAUCCUGGAUAUCGUGCUGAACUUCCGCACCACCUACGUGAGCCAGUCGGGCCAGGUGGUGUACGAGCCCCGCUGCAUCUGCAUCCACUACGUGGCCACGUGGUUCUUCGUGGACCUCAUCGCCGCGCUGCCCUUCGAUCUGCUCUACGUCUUCAACAUCACCGUGGUGAGUGGCACGGGCUCGGUGGGGGGCCCCUCCAUCCGCAGCGCCUACAUCACCUCCCUCUACUUCACCCUCAGCAGCCUCACCAGCGUGGGCUUCGGCAACGUCUGCGCCAACACGGACGCCGAGAAGAUCUUCUCCAUCUGCACCAUGCUCAUCGGGGCGCUCAUGCACGCCGUGGUCUUUGGCAACGUCACGGCCAUCAUCCAGCGCAUGUACUCGCGCCGCUCGCUCUACCACACGCGCAUGAAGGACCUCAAGGACUUCAUCCGUGUCCACCGCCUCCCGCAGCAGCUCAAGCAGCGGAUGCUCGAGUACUUCCAGACCACCUGGUCCGUGAACAACGGCAUCGACGCCAACGAGCUGCUGCGUGACUUCCCCGACGAGCUGCGUGCGGACGUGGCCAUGCACCUCAACAAGGACAUCCUGCAGCUGCCCGUCUUCGAGACGGCGAGCCGGGGCUGCCUGCGCUCGCUCUCGCUGCACAUCAAGACGUCGUUCUGCGCGCCGGGCGAGUACCUGCUGCGCCAGGGCGACGCGCUGCAGGCCGACUACUUCGUGUGCUCCGGCUCGCUGGAGGUGCUGCGGGACAACGUGGUGCUGGCCAUCCUAGGUGAGCGGGGCCCCGGGGCGCGUGGGCUGUGGUGGCCGCGACUCGGCCCCUGCUGUGAGCAGUCCUUCCUGCAGGCAAAGGGGACCUGA